AAAAAAUCGGAUGUAUAUAAAUACACAUGACAGUAUAUUUGGGGCAGGCAACCAUAAAACAUUCACGUUCCUUUACAUCAUCUCUCUUCACUCUAGCUACAAACUUUUUCAUUUUCUGAAAAUGCAGCAAAACACUAACGUUGUAUUCAAACUGGAAGUCGAUGAAAGAAAGAAAAAGAAAGCUAUGAAAAUUGUAUGUGGAUUUUCAGGGGUUACUUCACUAAACGUGAUGGAAGAAGGGAAACUUACGGUGACUGGAGAAUUUGAUAACUAUGAAAUGACGAAGAAACUGAAGAAAAUAUGUAAACAUGUUGCCAUAAUCGCAGCUGAGCCCAUUAGGGAACCAGAGCAAAACCGCAAUCCGGUUACAAGGCGUGAACCCAAUAGAGAACCAGAGCAAAACCGCUCUCGGGUUACAAGGCGUGAACCGAGCAGAGAACCCGAGCCAAACCGCGCUCCACUUGCAAGGCGUGAAUCCAGGCCUAGAACUCACUCUCGUCCGUCCAUACCUCACGCUCGUCCUUCGAGAGUUCGAGGCGAAAACUCGGAUGGUUGUAUCAUCAUGUAACUGAACAUAUCUUUGGUCCAAGUUGUUAAGUAUCUCUUAAGAACAAAUAUUAAAAAACAGUUUAAGAUAGCAAUCUUUUCGAGCUUCAUGCAUGAGCUAUCAUACCCUAGUGAUAUAUUAUCGCAUCUUCUACUUUCCUUAUUUGUAAUAUUUUUGUGGUGUUUAUUAAAUAUUUUCGUUUCCUUUUUUAAAAUUCAACUGGUG